AUGGGUUUCGCGAUCGAUUAUGGAGCCACAUUUUUCAUGGUCACUUUUUAUGUGACAUUGGGCAUUUUCUCCUCAAUCAUCAACCUCAUCAAUAUAUUUGUCUACAGUCGAAAGGCUAUGCGCUCAAAAUUUCUCUUUCAAUUAACCUUCGAGCUAUUCGAAUUAGUCGACAGUAUUAGCUAUAUUUUGACGGGCGUUGGAAGAGGAAGUGGGCUUUUGGGUGGAUAUUUCACAACGCCAAUCACCGUCAAUGAUUGCUUUUUUAAGACUUACUGGGUUCACUCGUUGAUUCUCGGAAUGGAAUUACCCUGUUACAUGGUGAUUCUCAUGUCAAUUGAGAGGAUUUGUGCCGCGUUGAAACCGGCACUUUACAAGAAAUAUUUCUCGGGUGCUCAGAAGAUGUGGUUUGUGACGAUCGUCAUUACUGGUGGCUUGAUAUCCCUCUUCAUGGCUGGUCUUUCAGCUGAUGGAGAUACAACACUCACUGGCACACAUCAUUGUGCGAUCAUCACGUCGACGAGUAAAACUUACUCAACUUUUCACUUCGCCAUUGUCAUCGUCGCUUAUCUAGUCUCAUUUUUCUCACUCCUCAUCGUCUACCUCGUUUCAAAGCACGUGGAAGGCAUGAUCGCGAGACGGGAUCGCGAGAAGAAAAUCUCGUUAAUGCUGGGCAUUUGUGGGAUCUCAAUGGUGUUAGUCUCUCUACCAUCAAUUGUCAUGAUUGGCAUCAAAUGGGGUCUCUGGGUUGUGAGCGAUCUAGUGGUAGCGCUCACCUACGGGAUGCCUGGGUGCUUAACCAUUGCGAAUACUUGCAUAAACUUGAUUUUCCGGAAGGACUACCGCGAGCAGUUUAUUGGAAUAUUUGGAGUUCAUGCCGAGAAAAUGACGAACAAAGUGCAAAUCUCAGUCACCCAGUCUCCAUCACUUCACUCGCAUGCCCCAUCACCACAAAUAUUUCGCUCAAUUGCUCAAAUGGCAAUGACGAAAGUUGAGCCU